AUGUCUAAAACAAAAGAAGAUAAUCUAAAUCAAUUUAAAGGAUUGCAAUAAGUCUAAGCCAUAAAAUAAGAAUUAAAACAUAAAUAUUUGCAAAUUUGUAGUAAAAAUUAUAAUGAUAGAGAAUUAAUCAUUGAUUGCAUGUACAAUAAUUUGAAAAAUGAAGAAAGAUAAUUGAAUGAUUUGAUCUUAAAAAUAGAUGCUCACGCUAAGUUUUAUGAGGCUACAAAGGAAUCCUUGAACAAGGAGGAAUAACAAACAUAAUUAUUAAUCACAAAAAAAUUGGUGAAUGAAUGGAUGGAGUGGGAGAGAUCCGGACAAAAAUACAAUUGA